AUGAACACCGUUCAUAAUACCAACACAGGUCCAUUACAGGUUUGGAAGGGAAUCCCCAUUGUUACCAGAUGUCUAAUAUCCUCCAUAGUGAUAAUUACCACUUUAAAUCGAUUAGAACUUUUAUCUACAGGUAGAUUGAUUUAUCAAUUUAAUGAAGUGGGACUACAUUUUCAAGUAUGGAGGAUAUUUACGUCUUGUAUCAUCUUACCCAUGCAAGCAAUGCCUGCGAUGUUGGAAAUGUACAAUUUUUACUCAAGAUCAUCUCAAUUGGAAUCGAGAAGAGAUGCUCAUGAUUACGCGUUUUACUUAUGCUUUUGCAUUAUAACUAUCUGUGUUACAGUGACAGCCAUCUUUGGUAGAUCCUACCCACUAAUUCUAACAGGUGCGUUUGCUUCCUGUCUCACAUACACAUGGUCCGUGGACAACGCUAACGUUAAGGUUAUGUUUUAUGGUCUUUUUCCCAUUUGGGGUAAAUAUUUCCCACUGAUUCAACUUUUCACAGCAUUUGUAUUCGGUGAAGAUAAUUUUACGGUUCAUCUAGUUGGAUUCUUAACCGCCUACCUAUACCUUUGUCUUGAUACAAGAUCAUGGGGGCCCAUAUUGGGUUGGUUAUUCUUUGGUGAAAAUCCGUACUACGGAAUAACACCUAAUGGAUACUUUGGUGCACCUCAAUGGAUGAAGAGGUCAAGAAGAAACUUUACGUUACGUUCCAGAGGUAAAGGUCAAAAAUUGGGCUACAAGACAGAUCCUUCAGCAACUGACGCUGAAACUCAAGAUGAAAGAGGCAGCACAAGUGCUAGGGUUGCGGUUAGGGAAUCUCGCUCCAGCGGUAGAAAUAAUAACAGUGCCACUUCAACGGUGACUAAUCGUAAAGAUUCAUCAGGCUUUUUCCCAGGUCAUGGUCAAAGACUUGGUGCGUAA